GAGGGGGGGAGGAAGCUGAAAACCUGGAAACCAGAAAGCCCUCAGCACCUCUGCAUAAAAGACACAUAGGCGGUGCCUCGAAGCUAAGGGUCCCUCUUGUACAGACAUGCCUUCCCUCCUCCCCCACCACCAUUACACCUCCAACUUGUUGACGUCAUGAUGAGAGUUUCCCCGGGCGGUUCUAUGUAACAGCGAGCAAGCGCUCUACCCACUAUUAAUGCAGCAAGAGCUCGCAGCAACGGCACCAAACUUACAAACGCUACCUGCUGACUGGAACCAUGAGGAGAGCGCCGUUAUUGCCAAGCCCCGCUGUGCCUUUGCCAGGAAGCUCUCUUCAUAAAGUCUGCAAGUUUUUGGUUCUCUUCUGUGUGAUCCAUCUCAGCGUUACCCUCGUCUAUUACCUUUCUGGAGGCGAGCGAAAUAUAUUUCAGUACUUUACAGAAAACCAACAGAUCCAAAAUCGCGAUCUAGCCAACUCUACCCCGAGUACUGUCCAGAUUGCAAAUACGUCCAAGGAAUUGCUUGACUGUCCUGAGGACCCCCCCUUCCUAGUUGGCCCUCUCCGUGUUGAAUUUUCCAUCUCUGUGGAUUUGGAAGAAGUAAGGAGGACUAAUCCAAGUGUUCGAGAGGGUGGUCGCUACACUCCAGAGGACUGUAAAGCUCUGCAGAAAGUAGCACUUAUCAUACCGUUUAGGAACAGAGAUGAACACUUGAAGUAUUGGCUGUAUUAUUUGCAUCCGAUUCUCCAGAGACAGCAAUUGGAUUAUGGAGUAUACGUUAUAAAUCAGGAUGGAGAGAGUACUUUCAAUCGUGCUAAGCUGUUAAAUAUUGGAUACAUGGAAGCUUUGAAAGAGUACGAUUAUAACUGCUUUGUGUUCAGUGAUGUUGACCUUAUCCCGAUGGAUGACCGGAACAUCUACAAGUGCUUUAGCCAGCCCAGGCACCUGUCUGUGUCCAUGGAUAAGUUUGGAUUUGGAUUGCCCUACAAUCAAUAUUUUGGAGGUGUAUCUGCUUUAAGCAAGAACCAGUUUGAAAGGAUAAAUGGAUUUCCCAACGAUUAUUGGGGCUGGGGUGGCGAAGAUGAUGAUAUAUACAACCGUAUUGUGAGCAGAGGUAUGUCAAUCUCCCGUCCAGAUGCUAUAACUGGAAAAUGCAGAAUGAUCCGUCAUAACCGGGAUACAAAAAAUGAGCCAAACCCUAAAAGAUUUGACCUCAUAGGAAAAACAAGACUAACCAUGAAUUCUGAUGGGUUAAACUCUCUCACAUACAAGGUUAUCAAAACAGAAAAGUAUCCUUUGUACACAAAAAUCACAGUGGAUGUUGGUCCUUCACCCAGCUAACCUUCCCUGAAACCGAAUCAAUCAAUCAAAUGGAAAAUUCAGGAGUUUUUCUAUCAAUCAAUGUGCUGGAAACUUGCCACCUAUUUUUAUAUUAUGUGAUGUUGUGGACUGUG